GGUUUACGUUGAAGUUCUGUGUCCAUUCAUUUCACAUUUCCCUUUUCCUAUCUUUCUCUCAUCACUUUCAUUUCCCCCUAUAUAUAUAACUAUAUAAAUAAAACUAUCCUCCUCACAUUUCAUUCUGUCACACUCUCUCCAAUAUAUACUUUCCAUCCCUUUUUCCCUUUUCGUUUACUAUAUAUAUAUAUAUAUAUAUAAUAACUUUCAUCUCUUUGAAAGUAAAAGUGACAUCCCCUUUUUAAUUAUUUCUCCCAUUUUCCUAUAUCUCUCUUGGAAGAAGACCACUUCAAAGAAGUAAAAAUGACGCACACUCUAAAACACCAGUCGUCUGCAAACGUGGCCAUGGACCCACCAUUUCACGAGGCUUACAAGACCCUCUUGGCCGAAAGGGCGGCGGCGGCGACGGGUGCAAAGGGAGCCAGCGACGUCGUCCUCACGGUGGUCGAGGAAUGGGAUCUUCCGCUGGUUGAUUUAGAGCGUUUGACGGCGGGCAAAGUGGAAGAGGUGGAACAAUGCAAAAAUGACAUAAUUACAGCUUCUAAAGAAUGGGGUUUCUUUCAAGUUGUGAAUCAUGGGAUUUCAAAUCAGCUUUUGGCCAAAAUGAGAGCUAAGCAAAUCGAGCUUUUCAAGCAGCCGUUUGAGCGUAAGAGUAAAGAAGAUCAAUUUUCGAAUUUCUCCGCCGGAAGUUACCGUUGGGGAACCCCCUCCGCCACUUCUAUUACACAACUUUCUUGGUCCGAAGCUUUUCAUGUUUCUCUAUCUGAUAUUCUUGGAACCAACGGCUCCGAUGAUGAUGAUCUCAGGUCAACAAUGGAAGAAUAUGCGGGAAAAGUUUCAAGGUUAGCACAGAAGCUAGCAGAGAUAUUGGGAGAGAACUUGGGGAGAAGCUCAAAAUUCUUCGUGGAAAAUUGCGUGCCCAGCACGUGCUAUCUCCGGAUGAACCGGUACCCGCCAUGCCAUGUUCCGGGUCAAAUAUUCGGUCUGAUGCCACACACCGACAGCGAUUUUCUCACCAUUCUUCACCAAGAUCAAGUCGGCGGCUUGGAGUUGGUCAAAGAUGGGAAAUGGAUCGCCGUUAAACCCAAUCCCCAGGCUCUUAUUAUCAACAUAGGAGACUUAUUUCAGGUUUGGAGUAACGAUGAAUACAAAAGUGUAGAGCAUAGAGUUGUGACAAACUCGAAAAAGGAGAGAUAUUCAAUAGCCUAUUUUUUGUGUCCAUGGAGUGAGACGGUGAUAAAGAGCAAGAGUGAGCCAGGGGUUUAUAGAAGGUUUAGUUUUAGGGAAUUCAGGAAUCAAGUUCAAGAAGAUGUUCGUAAGUAUGGCUACAAGAUUGGUUUGCCUAGGUUUGUCUUAUGAUCCAUCAAACUUCAAACCCCAAUUUUUUCAAAGAUAAUAAUCUGGCUGAUCUAUAUAUAUAUAUACAAGUUUGUUUUUUUUUUAUUUUUACAGUAGUUUGUGGCUUCACACAUAUAAGAGCAAUACUAAUGUAUGUAAACUCGUAAAGAAAAAGAAGAAAAAAAAAUGUUUGUUAGGCCAGGUUGUAACAAAUUAUGUUUAGAUGAUUAGAUGGAAGGUAAUGUUAGUAAUUGGAUACACUGUUUAAGUAUUAUUUUAGUACUGAACCUUUUUGUAAGAAUUAAAAGGAAGCUAAACAUCCUUUUGUCUUCUUAAUUAUAUCAUUUCAAUUAUCGUUGAGCUAA